AUGACCUGGAAUCUGCGUGGAUUAGUACCAGGGCAGAAUGACACCAAGCCGCCGGUCUUUCUAAAGUGGAGGUCAUCUAAUGCUUUUAUUAUCUUCGUGGUGGUUUUCGCUGUCUUCACGGAUGUUUUACUCUAUGGGUUGAUUGUCCCUGUGGCUCCUACCGCUUUACAUGAGAGGGUUGGGAUGUCUGUUGAUCAAGAACAAUCAUGGACGUCGAUAUUGUUAGCAUUGUAUGGCGCAGCGCUGUUAGCAGCAUCGCCCGUUGCGGGUUACAUUGCCGACCGCUUUGAAUCACGAUGGUGGCCACUCAUAGUCGGAUUGCUGGCACUGGGCGCUUCCACAGCUCUACUCUGCGUAGGGACUCACCUUAGUCUCUGGAUCAUUGGCCGUCUCUUCCAGGGAGCAUCUGCAGCGGUUGUAUGGACGGUUGGGGCCGCGUUGCUCGUUGACACGGUUGGAAAAGAGGGCCUUGGGCAGGCGAUGGGUUAUAUCGGCAUGGGUAUGACCUUUGGAAUCAUGGGUGGGCCACUUCUAGGUGGCGUCAUCUACGCCCGUGGCGGAUACUAUGCCGUUUUUGCGCUGGCAUUUGCUCUUGUUGGCGUAGAUAUUGUUUUGCGGCUGGUCAUGAUCGAGAAGAAGCAUGCCGUGAAGUGGUUGCAGCAAGAAAAGAAACAGAUUGACCAGCAGUCUGCUGAAUCCCCUGAACAUGCAACUCCCAAGAAGAGUAGAAGCGCUGUCAUUACUCUUCUCGCUUCAGAACGCAUGAUAGUCACCAUCUGGGCUUACUUCAUCGUCUCCGUGGUCCUGACCUCAUUCGACAGCGUCCUUCCUCUCUUUGUCGAGGACACCUUCGGUUGGGAUCAGACAGGCCAGGGGCUCAUUUUUGUGCCCUUGUCCGUUCCUCAUAUUUCCGAUCCGUUCUUCGGCUGGAUCAACGACAAGUUUGUGAACGCAAGACGCUACAUGGCGGCAGGAGCACUAUUUUCAACCAUUCCAUUCAUGGUGCUGCUCCGUCUUGUGACGCAUGACUCCAUGGGCCAGAAGGUGUUGUUAUGUGCAUUGCUGGUCCUUAUUGGCUUUUGCAUAGCCUCGCUGAUGCCUCCUCUAUUGGUUGAGGCGUCCUAUAUUGUGGAGGAAAAGGAGGCACGGGACCCCAAUAUCUUUGGUAAGGGUGGUGCCAUGGCCUUGUCUUAUGGAAUCCUCAACUCGGCAUAUGCUGCUGGAACCAUUGUUGGCCCCUUUUUUGCGGGGUUUAUCCGGCAAAGUGCGGGCUGGAAGACCAUGACGUGGGCUUUGGCCUUGCUGACUGGGGUAUCCGGUGUGCCUAUUUUGUUGUUCCUGGGUGGGUUUCUGUUUAGGAAGAGGAGAAGUGAAACGGCUGCAUCGGGUUGA